CCCAAUUUCACUUCCGGUAAAUUUUGUGAAAAUCUCACUAUUUUUGUCUCGUUUAGACGCGUUUAUUUGACAAAUCAGAAGAAAAAUGGAGGAUUUCAUGUGGUUAGUUAAGAAUGCGGAUCUCAAACAACUGAAAAAAAUAGUUGAAGAGGGUAAUUUGGAUGUGAACAAGGAACAGCUUGGAGGGCGCAAGGCCUUGCAUUUUGCUGCGGACUAUGGUCAUGAUGAUAUCAUCAAGUACUUGUUAUCAAAGGGUGCCGAUAUCAAUGAGGAAGACAAAUUUGGGAUCACACCACUAUUAUGCGCCAUCUUUGAGGGACACAUAGACACAGUGAAAUUACUUCUAUCUAACGGUGCUAGUAAAGAUGGGCGGGCACCGGAUGGUCAGACAUACAUUGCUUGUGCGGACACAGCAGAAAUGAAGAAGGCAUUGUCAUAGAAACUGUAAUGUGAACCAAAACCAUAGGAUAUGCCAGCCUCACUUUGGUCUUGUAAUCUCACUGUCAUUGAGGUCUUUCACCAUUGACGUUGCCUGUCUCAAAUUUAUGUUGUUCGUUGCAAGUGAAUUCGCCAAUGAGGUGGGGAAUGUUUUUAUGAAAAUAGUUGUCCAGCCAAUUGAGAAAUUGUGGGACUAUAAUCAUAAGACAAAAUAAGACUGAGACAGUUUUUCAAGUAGGUGGGUUAUUAAUCUGCUAACAUAAGUUUUUCUAAUUAUUUUUUGAAUAUACCAUUUCAUUUAUUUGUAAGAUUUUUUCAAAUUCAGUGUGGUCAGUCUUUGGUGGGUAAUUUUUUACAAAGCAACACACCUAUAGAAUCAUAAUGGACAGAGUCAGCACUGUGGAUGUUUCAAUGGGAUGGAAAGUUUACUUGGAAGAUAAGGGGUUUGGGUAAUUUAAUAUCUCAUGGCCUACAUUCUAUCAUUGGCCAGGAACAAUGUUUUUGCUUUGAAAUUUGAUUACCAUGUUUAAAUUACUCCUCGAUGUGAGCUGUCGAGCAGAUCUACCAGCGUAAUAGUUUGGUAUGUAAUAAUAAUAAUAAUAAUAAUUGUUAUAGAAAGUAGUCGGAUCAUGAAUUAGAUCAAGUGUUUCAGCUGGAUAAAGUAGGUUACUCAAGUUCCGUUCCUUUGUAAUUUUGCUUUCAAGUUCCUGGAAAAUUUUCUUGUUAUACAUGUCAUCAGCUGAAACACAGUGAAAGCCUGCCUUUCUAAGUGUGAUAUUCAAACUGGAACAUGCUUCAUAACCUUACAGAGUUUUAUAUUUACCCUUAAUAUUUGGGACCUAUAUCAUGAUUAUAUCAUGUCAUAUUAUCAUGUCAUAUAAUCAUCUUCCUUCAGUCGAUUAGUGAACAUGUUGCAUCAAAUCGCCAGUAUAACCCAGUGUGAUUUAUGAAGUUGAUGAUCAGAACUGUGGGGAAUUUUGAAAUUCUUUCUACUUUACAUGUAUUUCAUAAAAACAAGUAGACUUCAUUUUCUCCAUCAAAUCUUUGCAAUAUUCCUUAUCGUCAAUCAACCAGAGGUUUGGCCUCAGAUACACAAUAUUUGCAAAUGGCUAGAAGGGGAAAUGCCAUUGGCAAUUACCUUGAAACUUGGUAAUUAGCUUUUGAUUUGCUCAUGGCCUCGUUAAUAGAUCCUGAUAAGUUAACACUUUAAAGUGCUGAGGUGUAGCAAUACUUAGUCAAAAAGAUGAAUUCAGAACCGUUGUAAUGUGAUUGUGCUCCAAAACAUAGUAGGUUGAUACUGGUAUCUACAAUUCUGUUAGUUGCACUCAAAUACUGCUUGCUUUGGUGUCAAAGUCCUCCCUGUAGUUUCUGUGGUAAAUCUCAUCAUGACAUCACAUAUUUUGUUCCUGGGCUUGGAUUGGCCAAGUCUUUUAAAAAGACGGUUGAGUUUUGGUAAGCAGGUAUCAUGGAAGUGUGCCGUUACCUUUUGCAUAGAUGUUAAAAGUUUUUCUGGAAGCCAUUUGUGACCCUGUUAAGUUGCUUGGAGUCUUUCUGAUGUCUGUGUUCAAAGACUUUUUCAAGCCAUUCAUUUUGGUAUUCAUUGUGUAUAAUGUGUUUGGUCCACAGUAAUUUAUUUUCUAGGUCUAUAUUUAAAAAACAAAAGUAUUAAGUAUUAGUAUAAAAGUUUGCCAAGGGUAUGGUGCACUAAAAAUAGUCCAUUGGUAUUGCCGGCGCCUAUUUCAAGUAUUCUGGAAAUCAGAAACGCAUAGUUAUACUUUUGAAGCUGAUUUUGAUUGUUCUCAAAUAUUUGCUUGAUAUCACAAUAAAACCUUGCAGAAAACAGCCGUUGUCUGGUUUUCAGCUUGCUUAAAAGUUGAAGUUUUUUUGUGUGACAUUAUUUAUUCUAGUUUGAGUCAUAUCCUUGGAUAAGUACAAGUACAUGACAACAUGUAUAAUAUUAAUAAGUCUGUAUCAUGUUACAUUUGAAAAGUAAUACCAUUGAUUUGAGGAUUUCUAGCAGAAAUUCUGUAUAAGUCUAGGGCAAAUAAUGAUUGUCUUUGGGGGGACACCUGAUUUAGGGAAACACUUGAUUAUGAGAACACUUGAUAUUGUUAUUCUUUAAGCUGGCUUAUGCACCUGUAUUUAUAGAUGGCAGUUGUGUAAACAGUCAAUUAAAGUGAGCUCUACAGAUGUGCUAAAGUGUAAUGUAAUGCUGGGUUGUUUUGUAAUAAGUGUUAUUAGUAGGUUUAGCUGUUUGUAAAAUUGUGCAUCACAGUAAAGGAUGUCAUCAUGACGUGUUCAAAUCAUUCACAAUGCUAGUUGAUAGUCAGUCUAAACAUUAGAGAUUAUUUAGAACUUACAACUUGGGGCACCUUGGCCACCAAGGUUUUGACUGCAUUUCACAUCACAUCCUAAGUGACUUAGCUAGUGAAAAUUGGAAUUCAUGAAAGCGCUGGGGCUAAGGUUGCAUUGCUCUCUCAAUUGCACUGGCAGAUAAGGUCCCCAAGACUUGGACCUCACCACGCCCUGUUUUUGGCACAAACCCUGGGAGAUAGUUAGUCUGUCGACAAUGAACUAUUGGCGAGACAUCAACAACUUUGUAUCGUUGAAUGCCGUUGCGGUGAUGUAAACUCAGUGCAGUAGCGAAAACUUGUAAAAAUUUGUGACAACCGUCCUACGUGUACUUUUCUAUGAAGGUGCAAGGGUAUUUUAAUAAGGUAUUUCGAGGAAAACUACUUAGUGCAUACUGGUGAUUACCCGAGUUUUUUACAUGGUCAUCGCAUUGUUCUAUCUAUGCAGCGUUUUUCCCAUUCGUCUUGGACAUUUGACCAACUUCAACAAGGGCAGUGGUUCUUAGUGCUUACUCCCUUAGUCACUGGCAGUCCGAGCUAUUAAGAACCUCUGAUUUCCUCGGAAUGAAGGUAGGCAACUAUUGCCAAGUCCGAGAUGAAUGUGCUAUUUCCCUGCAGGGUGAUGGGGGUUUCUUGUACCUGUAUUUCAUGUUCACUCAUCAGUCAUGCAUGCAAUCAGUUGUAGAAAGUUCAUUAAAAUCACAGAUGAAUUUUACACAUA